GGCAACAUUCCAAACCAGUCAGUCACGUCACUUCGCUAGUGUGGGUGUGUUUCGUUGCGUGCGUGCAUCCGUGAAUUGUUAAUGCAUGCUAUUAUUCAUGUUUGUGUGUAUUUCUGACGCCGCUUGUGAGUUGUCAUUCCUCUAAUUUUGGAUUUUAUCACUAAAACUCUUCAAACUGUCGUCUCCAGGCCGGCAGGAUGCUAAAGUUCAUCCGAGGGAAAGGCCAGCAGCCCUCCGCCGAGAGACAGAAGCUUCAAAAUGAACUCUUCGCCUUCCGCAAGACAGUACAGCACGGCUUCCCACACAGAGCGUCCGCCCUAGCAUGGGACCCGCUCCUGCGGCUCGCGGCCCUCGGCACCGCCAGCGGCGCCCUAAAGGUGUACGGGCGACCCGGCGUGGAGCUGUACGGACAGCACACAAACCCUGACGCCGCCGUCACCGCCAUACAUUUCAUACCCGGCACUGGCCGCUUAAUAUCCUUAUGCGACGACAACAGUCUCCACUUAUGGGAGAUCACAGAGAAAUCCCUAGUGGAGCUAAAGUCCCACCUCCUCGAGGGCAAGAACAAGAAAGUGUCGACGUUGUGCGUCGAGUCUUCAGGCAAGAACGUGCUUCUCGGCACGGAGGGCGGAAAUAUAUAUACGAUGGACUUGAACACAUUCGCCAUCAACGAAGAUGUUAUAUAUCAGGAGGUUGUUAUGCAAAACUGUCCAGAAGACUUCAAAGUGAAUCCCGGCGCAGUAGAAGCCGUCUGUGAGCACCCAAAGACGCCUGCUCGCAUUCUUAUUGGCUACAGCAGAGGGCUGGUGGUGCUUUGGGACCGCGCGAACUCUGCCCCCACACAUACGUUCGUCUCCAACCAACAACUUGAGAGUUUGUGCUGGAAUGAUGACGGUGACCACUUCACAUCAUCCCACAAUGACGGCUCGUACGUCACAUGGGAGGUCGGCGGGGGCGCCAGCGAUCGACCUCUGAAAGAACCCGUCACACCAUAUGGACCCUACCCCUGCAAGGCCAUAACCAAGAUACUCAACAGGACAAGCGUUACUGGGGAAGAGAUUACUAUAUAUGCCGGCGGUAUGCCCAGAGCGUCAUAUUCAGACAAAUACACGGUCACAGUACAGCAAGGCGAAAAACACGUCGCAUUCGAUUUCACUAGCCGGGUGAUAGACUUCUUCACAACGUCAGCGGUGCCGCCAGAUGGCGCGCCAUUACAAGAGGAAAGGCCCGACACUCCCGCGCAGCUGUUCGCGCAAACCGUCAACCAAGUUGCCGCUGCUUUGGUGGUGCUAGCAGAGGAAGAGUUGGUGGUCAUCGACUUGUGUGACUCCCGCUGGCGGCCAUUACGGUUACCGUACCUCGUGUCCAUCCACGCGUCCGCCGUAACCACGGCGCAGCUCGUCGACAACGUCGCCUCCAACGUGUACGACAACAUCGUGGCGGCCGGGCAACAGCAAACCGAGAACAUAUACUCCCCCGGCGCGUGGCCCAUCUCGGGCGGCGUGCUGUGCGGCGCGGACGCGCCCGCGGAGCGGCAGCUGCUGCUGACCGGCCACGAGGACGGCUCCGUGCGCUUCUGGGACGUCACCGGCGUGCCCAUGACGCCGCUCUACAAGUACACUACCGCUCAACUUUUCAGCGGGCUGAAAAGAUCGUCUCCGAGCGGUGAAGAAAUCGGCGAAACUAACGACAGCCAAACAGACGAGGAGGAAUGGCCGCCAUUCAAAAGAGUAGGCACGUUCGACCCCUACAGCGACGACCCGCGCCUUGCUGUCAAACGGGUGAUCCUCUGCCCGCUGUCGGGCAUGUUGACGAUCGGCGGCGCGGCGGGACACAUCGUCAUCGCCAGCUUGAAGGCAUCCACCAACACCGCUGAAAUUAAGUCAGUGUCAGUAAACAUCGUGUCAGAUCGCGACGGAUUCGUGUGGAAGGGUCACGAUCAGCUCACUCUACGAGCUGGUACACUCACAUUCCCACAGGGCUACCAGGCGACGUCAGUAGUGCAGCUGUCGCCGCCGGCGGCGGUGACCGCGCUGGCGGCGCAGUGGGAGUGGGGGGUGGUGUGCGCGGGCACGGCGCACGGGCUGUGCGCGCUCGACGCCAUACAGGCGCGCUCGCUCGCCGUCAAGUGCACGCUCAACCCGCACGGUAUGUCGUGUGUCUCAUCUUACAGUACAGAACUGUCACCGCGCAGUGGGAGUGGGGGGUGGUGUGCGCGGGCACGGCGCACGGGCUGUGCGCGCUCGACGCCAUACAGGCGCGCUCGCUCGCCGUCAAGUGCACGCUCAACCCGCACGGUAUGUCGUGUGUCUCAUCUUACAGUACAGAACUGUCACCGCGCAGUGGGAGUGGGGGGUGGUGUGCGCGGGCACGGCGCACGGGCUGUGCGCGCUCGACGCCAUACAGGCGCGCUCGCUCGCCGUCAAGUGCACGCUCAACCCGCACGGUAUGUCGUGUGUCUCAUCUUACAGUACAGAACUGUCACCGCGCAGUGGGAGUGGGGGGUGGUGUGCGCGGGCACGGCGCACGGGCUGUGCGCGCUCGACGCCAUACAGGCGCGCUCGCUCGCCGUCAAGUGCACGCUCAACCCGCACGACCACUCCGGCGCAGGCGACACGCCCAUCUCGAGGCGCAAGUCGUUCAAGAAGUCCCUGCGCGAGUCCUUCCGGCGCCUGCGCAAGGGCCGCUCGCAGCGCCGCGCCACCGCCACCAGCCCCGCCUCGCCCGCGCAGCCCGCCAAGAAGCCCAUACCGUCACCAGUGGAAGAAGCAGACGUAAAACCAGUAGAGCGAGCAGUCGAAGCGAGAUCCAACGACGACGGCUUCGGAUCCAUGGUGCGGUGUCUAUACUUCGCACGGACCUUCCUAAUCAACACACAGAGCUCGACGCCGACGCUGUGGGCCGGCACCAACAACGGCACCGUGUACGCCUUCACGCUCUCCAUCCCCAACACCAACAAGAGGAAAGAUGAACAGGUCACGUGCACGCUGGCCAAGGAGAUCCAGCUGAAACACCGCGCGCCCGUCAUAGGCAUCACAGUACUGGACGGGGCCGCCGUGCCGCUGCCGGAUCCUUUAGAGGUGGAGCGAGGCGUUGCAUCUUUGCCCGAGCCGGGAACGCACCGCGUGUGCAUCACGUCGGAGGAGCAGUUCAAGGUGUUCACGUUGCCGUCGCUCAAGCCGCACCACAAGUACAAGCUCACGGCGCACGAGGGCGCUAGGGUCCGGCGGACAGCGUUCGCGUGGUUCGAGUGCUCCGGGCCCGGCGGCGCGGCGCACCGCGAGUGGUGCCUGCUGUGCCUCACCAACCUCGGCGACUGCCUCGUGCUCAGCCCCGAGCUGCGGCGCCAGCUCAACGCCGCCGCCGUGCGCAAGGAGGACAUCAACGGCAUUUCAAGUCUGUGCUUCUCGAAGCGAGGCGAAGCUCUCUACCUGCACUCGUCGUCGGAGCUGCAGCGGAUCACACUCUCCGCAACUAAGGUGACGAUAGCGCAAUGCCAAGUGCUGCUCGCGCCGUGGGCGGUGGAGCUGCGGGGGCCGGCCGACGAGGCGCCUCUAACUAACGGGGAACACAAGGAGGAGGCAGUGGAAGCGCCUCACGACGUGACAGCUGCGUCGGCCGAUAUCACCGUGGAUUCCGUGCGCGACCACACCGCGCAGCCCGAGCCAGAGCUCAACAUUAACUUACAGAACUCGCAAGUUAACACCAGCUCAAUGGUGGUGAAGACCACGACGCGGACGGCGGUGAACGAGAACAACGCGGAGAACAACGGCACCGCCACCACCACUACCACCACCACCACCGUCACAGAGAACAUCCUAGAACACAAUCGCGAGGAAGGAGUCAUCACCCGUAUCGAGACGGGCACAGUGACGGUCCCGGCCGGGACUGACCCCAAGCUCAUCCUCGAGAUGUUCGACCGCCAGCGCGAGCCGCUCGCCGUGCCCGUCGCGCCCGCCGGCGCCGACACCAACUAACGGAACACGUCGAUGAAAAAUAUACAGACAUCGAUAAAAAUCGAACGAAGUCCAUCCCUAGCGCUUACAAAUUUGAUGGAUACCAGCCCUGUGGAUCGUUGCUUGUUCGACAGACGAUUCACUUCGUAUUCGGAGUCGAUGUUUUCAUGGGUGAGAGAGAAUAUUAAUUAAUCGAGUAAAUAUAAAAAUGGAAACCGCGGGUUUUAAAGACCAACGUGUUAGACCCGUUGUUACUAUUUGAUUUUUUGUAAUAUAACCAAACACAUUUCAACAAGUGGAAAGUGUAAGAAAUAGUGUAUUUAUAUGACGGGAACCAUGGUGAAAACAAUUAUUGCUCUUAAAAAUUUACGUAAUACGUAUUACAUAACACAGCCAUUUUUGUCAUUUCCAAAUGUGCUGGUUAUACUAUAAAAUAUCAAUUACUACAAUAUUACUUAUGGUAUUUUAAAUAGCUUCAACCAUCUUAGAAUGGUUUGAGGCGUUCGAGCGUUAUAAUUGUACACCGUCAUAUCUUUACCACUGACGAUCGCUGACAAACUUUUGGCUUCAAAUAUAAUUAUAAGAAAAAACAAGAGAAGCAACUUCUUAACUUGUUUAUAUAUUUCCUCAAAGUAUAAGUUUUAGCGGUUAGUUUGAGUGAAAAUAGUUAUCUUUUGAAACGUAUUUAUAAUUAUUUCGAGUUUUAACCUUUUUAGCGGCAAGCCAGACAAGUCUAAAGACUCCUAAAGCGAAUGCUUAUAUUUUAAUUUAAUCGUUUUCUAAUAAUGUUCUUUAAAAUGAAUAAUUUAGAUUAUUUAUUUCAAAGCUUGUGUCUUCAGUUGUCUGUUUUAAACAUAAAUAAUAAAUGAAGUAAUUGCUACUUUUACUGCCAUUAUAUUCCCUUUUUCAGAAAUAAUUUCCUGCCGAUAUUUAGGAAUUUAAUCUAAGAAUUUCCGCAUUUUAUUAUUAUUCAAAGUUUCAACUAGUUGUAUAUUAUUGUUUUGUAUAUUAUCGGUAGUAUUAUUUGACGCAAUUUAUAGUUAAACUUGGCCUGUUUUAGCCUGUGUGUUUCUUGUUAAGCUUCGGUGUAUUUUUUGUUGAAACCAGCAUUUACAUGUACUUUUGAUUCCAAGAUACACUCAAACUUGUACUUAACAUUGUAUGAAACCUCAAACAGGUUACUUAUGAACUUACCCUCAAAAUACACCGGUUGGACUUUUAUAUAUGCAGUGGCGUAGCUAGGCGUGGGCGAAGCGGCCCCUCGCGUCGGCCUUGCACUUCAGGGGGCCUUAUGGGAACCAAUCCUUAUUACUUAGGAAUACUACAUUGAAAGAAUAGGGCCUCGGUGCCUAGAUGCGGCUUCGCCCACGGCUAUAUUAGUUAACGCUACGCCACUGAUCAUUUGAGUACAAAGCCGAGCCAUAGCAACGUACGUUGUACUGCAACCUGCAAUGAGAUUGUGGAUUGUCUAAUAUUAUAGUUAAGGACAUGUGAAUUGAUGUACCAAUCUAGUUAAGUUUAACUUCGGACAUUCAGAGUGAAUGCGAUGUGCCUAUUUAUUUCUUUUUUAUAAUGAGAAUUGUAUUUAGGUGAAUAGUUAAUAAAGUUUUUUGACAAGUAGGUAAUGACUAGAGCAUUUUAUUAUAGUUAGCGUUUAAGUUCCCAUGUCAAAUCAGAGCAAAACCACGUUUUUAUUGUCAAUUUUUAAACUUAGGCUUUACAUAGCGUUUACUUCGAAUUUGAUUGUAUAUUCAGUAAAUAAUAAUUUUAUUAAAUUAUAAUGAAUGGAAAGUUUUAUGCAAUAUUUUUUUAACUCUUUUUGUAGAUUUUUUAAUUUUAUAUUUACUGUUUUGCGAUUUUAACACUUUGUACCUUAUUCGACUUGAUUCGGUGUCGUAGCGACCGGCCGCGUUCACAGUUCACCCACAAAUAUAAGUUGCAACACAACAAGUAUAUUUGUUAGUAUAACGCAUUCUCUUAAAAUAGUUACAGUCACACGAGAGAAGUUCGCGCGUAAAUAGCGCCCCAUGUUCGCUGAGAUAUUGCACCAGCAAAUGUUAGUUUUAUAAUGCUUUUUGUAACUUAUAUGUGGUAACACUGCGCGCGGCUGUGCGAGGAGCGCCGAGCGAGGCAGCUGGCGCGCGCGAGCGAGACAACAUCACAAUGUGAUAAGGGUUGAGCUUUUUAAAAUAUAUCCUUAUUUUUAGCGUAAGUUGGUCACUAAACUACGUGGUGAUGUAGAGCCGAAGCUUUUUUACUGUACAAUCUUCUCUAGCAUGGCAUUUUUAAAUAUUUGAUACGGCAAUUUGUAUCCAAUGUUCUUACGCAAAAUAUAUGCUAAGAUUUAA